CACUGUUUUGAAAAUUAACCAGUAGUGAAGACAGUAGUUCACAUGGGGUGCGUCUGAAUAAACCAGGGUGAAAUAAAAUGAUUUUUAAACGUAUAAUUCUUGGCUGAAUGACACUGAUUUCCGAGAAAUUCCGAUCUGUGACCUGCCACUGACGAAGAAAGCCGAGUGCAGCAUUCGGUUAAGUUCGGUUGCACGCGCACAAGGGCUUGGUCCGUUCGGGUGCAGCGCGUGCGAGCAUCAGCUCAUGCUCAUAUUUAACUAACACCGACCAGCAAUAGCCAGUGACCCGCGAUGUUAAAUCUGAGGCGGGCUCCUGCAGCUGGAGAAGAUGUCAGAUGUCACCAAGACCGUCCUGAAAUGGCAUGCAAGUUUAAAAAAGGGCACGGACUUUGAUUCAUGGGGGCAGUUGGUGGAGGCAAUUGAUGAGUACCAGAUACUUGCACGGCAGCUGCAGAAAGAGGUCCAGUCCUCAAAUUCUCAGGAUUUCACAGAGGAACAAAAGAAAACCCUGGGGAAAAUUUCAGCAUGUCUUGAAAUGCGAAGUGCGUCUUUACAGAGCACACAGUCCCAAGAGGAAUUUACCUUACAGGAUCUGAAGAAACUGGAACCCAUCAUCAAAAAUAUUCUUACUUGCAACAAAGAUUUCCCCUUUGAUGUCCAACCAGUGCCUUUGAGAAAAAUCUUUGCACCAGGGGAGGAAGAGAACCUAGAUGUCGAAGAGGAGCUGGACACGGCUACGGGGACGGGCUUAAUACAGUCCUUCCCUACAAGGGUGCCAGGUACUUUAUUACCACGCCUUCCCUCAGAGCCAGGAAUGACACUGCUCACUCUGAAAAUCGAGAAGAUUGGUUUAAAAGAUGCAGGGCAAUGCAUUGAACCUUACAUGACAAUUAGUGUCCGAGACUUGGAUGGUGUUGAUUUAAACCCUGUUCAGGACACUCCAGUGUCAACACAUAAAGAAGAUACAUACAUUCAUUUCGAUGUAGAUGUGGAGAUCCAGAAACAUCUUGAGAAGCUACCAAAAGGUGCUGCUAUUUUCUUUGAAUUCAAACACUACAAGCCCAAGAAGAAGUUCACCAGUACCAAGUGUUUUGCCUUCAUGGAGAUGGAUGAAAUCAAACCUGGCCCCAUUGUGAUCGAGCUGUACAAGAAGCCAACUGAUUUCAAGAGGAAGAAACUCAAUCUCCUUACGAAGAAGCCACUCUACCUUCACCUCCAUCAAACUCUACAUAAAGACUGAGCAACACAUGGGUCAGCAUAAAACUGAUCAUAAGGAACAGCACUUUUCCCGACCUGCCAGCAUUUUUGGUUAUUUGACUAAAGUUGGGUCCAUCGCCUUUAUUAGAAUAUAACAUUAUGACCCUAGACUUCAGCCUUGAGGUUUCACAAGACUACUUCAAGUGUCUGUCAAGUGUUUCCAAACAUUUGUAAAAGGGUGAGCAACACUCUUGGAAACACUGAGUAUGUAAUCUGCAUGUUUUCUCACUAGUUCAUCUUUGGUCCUUCAAAGUUAUCUCUGAUCAAGGAAGACAUUAACACUGGCUUUGCUCUGCCCAGGCAGUGUGAUGGCCAAGCACCCACAGUGUGUGUCUUCAUGACCUAAUAAUGCUGGUCCAUUGUUAAUUAUCACUAUGAAAGAGAUUUGCUCCUGAAUGUUGAUUUUUCAAGUGAAAAGAAGUAAACACAAGUUUGGACUCCUUACUUAAUCAGUACUUAAUAACAUCACAGCUAGCAAGGAGUCUAUUCUUGUUUUCAUCCACUUUUCUGUGGGCCGUCUUGCAUGCACAGCAUGUUUAAGAUCUACAUAUUUACAGUAAUGUUCAAGUCAGGGGGUUGUGAUGGCCAGUCCAAAAGCUCCAGCUUCUGUUUGUUAAAGUAGUUCAUGGUGGAUUUUGAGGCACGUUUUAAUCAUUGUCCUGUUGUAGAAGUCAAUAGCUUCAGUUUCUUGACUGACUGUGUAACAUUUGCUGAUAUUUACCAUGCUUCUUUCUACGUAUGCAAUGUUUCCUGUGCCACUGACUGCCACACAACCCCAAAGCAUAAUGGAUCCACCCGCAUGCUUAAUAGUUGGCAAGGUGUUCUUUUCAUCAAAUGCUGCUUCUUUUUCCCACCGCUAAACAUACCAUUGGUGAUUGUUGCCAAAGAGUUCCAUUUUUACUUCAUCAGUCCAGAGCACUUAUUUCCAAAAUGCCUUGGGGUUAUCUAGAUAAUGUUUUGCGUACAUCAGAAAGUCACUUUUGUAAUGCAGGUAAGGGUUCCUUCUGAUGACUAAAGGUUCCAUGCAGAUCAUGUUUGUGCAGGCAGCACUGCAAAGUGGACCAGAGCACCCCAAACCUGUGUCUGAUAAACCUUCCUGCAGUUCCAGUAUCAUAUGGGGGUUUGUGUUGCCUUUCUGUCUUGCAUACAUGCAGUUCAGUCUGAGAGUGUUCUUGGUCUUUUGACUUCCACAGUUGCUUUGUAGGCUUCAAUUAGAUUCAUUUUCAGAUCCUCAGUCAGCUCUUUAGAGGGAGAGGUUUGAAAUUUUUGACUUUAUUACACUCUGGAAUUGUUAUUCUUAAUGACAGUUCUUGACCUGCCAUUACAACUGGAAAAUAUGAAGUAACUAUGCAUUAACACAUUCAACAGGCUACAAUUAUUUGAUGGCAUCUAAGUUGUUUAUGUAGCUAGACAUAUUGUCUAACCUAACUAAUCUAGCUAACUAAUCAGUCACCUAGCUCACCUCAAUUCAUGCACUCUCAAAUUGACACCUAAUAUGUCAUAAUAAUAAGAGGUGAAUAAAUGGCGUUUGAUUUAAACCCUCCAUAUACAAAAAAUGUAACUAAAACCAUUUACAUUAAUUUCUGCUGUGCUGUUUUAUGCCAUAAAAUGACAUAGUUUGGCUUUUGAGAUAUUAUAGCAUUACAAUGCCUUGCACAAGUAUUCACUCCCACUCCACUUUUCCACCAUGUACAGAUGAAUGGAUGCCUCUUGUGUGCAAUUAAAGUGUCGCAAAUUUCUAUCCAUGACAUCAGCUGGUUCUGAAAUAAGCGCAGGCUUAUUUAAUUCUCAUUCUGUCAAAAUGCAGUCUUGUGCUGGUUUAUAUGUCACGGACAUUAAAUCCAACAAAAGUGAGAGAUCACAAAAUUAGUCCUCUGUAAAUAAUGUUCAGUUUCACCCCUUCUAACUGCCAGUUAAAGGUUUUUACCCUUCAGGCUCUCUCUUUCACUAGGUGUCUUUUUUUAAUGUAUACAAAUGGAAUUGUCUCCUGAAAUGACUAAAGGUAUGAGGCUACUGUUGUAUUUGGACAACCGGCCCCACCAUUCAGGAUAUGUCUUACCCUCCUCGGUCGCAUUACUGUGCUCGGUCUCACAGUGAACUCAGAAGAGUACCCUGUCAAUUCAACACACAGCAGAUAUCAUUGCACUCACCAGUCUGAUUCAGUUAGGCUGCUACAUUUGCUAUCGGGUUCUUCUGCAGAUGCUAGGACUGCUGAAGGCGGCCGUAGUGGUAUUUCUACUGGCCAUGUUGAUACUGUGAGACUUUCACAAGUGGGUUAUCAAUCCGAGAUUUGACCCCAAAUAUCACAGACAGGGAGAGCGGGACAGACUAUAGUUUAUGAGAGAUGCCUCCCUCAUCAGUUAAAGUGUGGUGUGGUACCACAGAGAGGUGUGUUGUCAUGUGUUACCCCAAGCAUCACCACAGCACAAGGUUGAAUGCCUCUGUUUACCUUGCACUGAAGCUGCUCAACUAGGCCUAUCCAUGUUUAGCCUCACUAAGAGUGUCUGAACUACUGCGACUUAACAAUGGUACAGCAGUCAAAACAUCACACAUGCCCAGGAGAGUGGUAUCAGCACACAGAAUUGGUGUACCACAUGUGGACAAGAUUGGUAAAGGAGCAAAUCAACCUUUUCAUCAAUGCCAACUCAAUUUAUUAUGAUUGUGGUUCUCCCACAAUAGCGCAAGAGAGCAUCCUGGAAGAAAAUGCACUAAUCCGCAGCUGGCCAUGUACUGUAAGCCUUUCUGCUGAUAUUUUGCAUGAUAUACUAAAUUCAGCAACUCAGCCACAUAAUUAGCCAACAAGGCCUUGGUUCCCACUUCUACUUUCACUAGUGGUCGAAACCACUGAUCAUAACUGCACACGUAGCCUGGUUGCCUGUGGCUUUGGUGCCCUCAGGACACCACUCAGAAUGCUACUUCUCUACUACUGCAAUUGCAACCUUCAUAGCAGAUGGACUCUUGUUUUCCUCAGACUACCAUUUGGAAAAUUCAAAAAUAGUAAAAAUCUAAAAUAGUCAAGAAUUUAUGAACUUAUGCACGACCUUAUUAGCUGGUGUUCAUAAAUAUUUUUACUUUAACUGUUGCACAAUAUGGACUCAAGACCUAAGUUUUACUAGUCAACUAGUUAUUCAAAUAAGUAGCUGACUACUCUUAAUUCCCCAUAGUGAAAUAAAAACAAAUUCCAGGCAUCAGUGAAGAGAGUCUUGAUCUCUGUCAGUUUAAGGUGUUUACAGCUAAGGAAAUACAUGGAAUACUAAGUGAUGAAACCGGGCCCUCCACUUCAACUCCACUCAGGGGAUUUUCCAUUUUCCAUGUGGGGUGUCUGCAAGUACUGUAUAUCUGCAUUAGUCCUGUAUAUUUUCUUGCUUUCAUAAUGAACUCUAGACGGCUAUUUAAAGUCUGUCUUUAGUCUUAAAGUCUUAGGGUGGCUGUAGCUCAGGUGGUAGAGCAGGUUGUCCACUAAUCGCAGGGUUGGCGGCUCGAUCCCCAGCCCACAUGCUGAAGUGUCCUUAGGCAAGACACUGAACCCCAAGCUGUUUCUGAUGGCAGGGUAGCACCUUGCUUGUGUGUGUGAAUGAGAAGAACCACUUUGUAGAACUGCUAAGGUUAAAAGGCGUUAUACAAGUGCAGACCAUUUACUGUUUACCAUUUAAUCGCACAUUUUCCUUCUCUGCACAUCUUCAGGUGUUGUGUUCGGCCCUGCCUGUGAUAAUGGCAUGAGCAAACUCCAGUUUACUGUAUGAUGUAGCUAUUAAAGAACAAACUUUAAAAUUUUGUUAUUGGUCUCAUUACUACAUCCUCAUGCUGUCUUUCAUUGGGGAACUUUCAAAGAAAGUGUAUAAAAAAUCAAAUAAAUGAGAUACCACAAUGAUCUCUUUCAGGAUGAAAAUGCACCAAUCCACAGGGGUAUGAGAAGUCACUGAACGGUUGGAAAUGAGCAUGUAAUCAUAUGCUAUGAUCUCCUCAGAUCUCAGUGCUCUUUACUACCGUGAUCAGUAGGAGCAUAUCUUUUGGAAGAAUGGUGCUCCUCCCUCCAAUACAUUUCCAGAGAAUUUUACAAGCUACAGUGUGGGCAAUAAGUAUUGAACGCGUCAACAUUUUUUUCAGUAAAUAUAUUUCCAAUGAGGCUAUUCACAUGAAACUUACAUCAGACAUCAGUAUUAACUUAAGAAUUCUGCAAAUAUAAAGAAUUCACAACAUUAAAUCCAUAAAUGAAGUUAUGUGUAAUAAAGAGGAAUGACACAGGAAAUAAGUACUGAACACACUAACUGAAAUUUAUUUAAUACUUAGUAGAGAAGCCUUUGUUUGUAAUGUCCACUUCAAGAUACUUCCUGUAUGAAGAUAUUAAUGGGCCGCAGUAUUCAGGUGUGAUUUUGGCCCAUUCUUCUAAACACAUUGUCUUUAAAUCUUGUUCAAUUUGAUUCAAGUCAGGAGAUUGACUGGGCCAUUCUAACACCAUGAUUUUUUUUUCUCUGUAACUAAUUGAGAGUUUCCUUUGCUGUAUGCUUUGGAUCGUUGUCCUGCUGGAAGGUCCACCCACGUCUCAUCUUCAUCAUCCUGGUGGAUGGCAGCAGAUUCUUCUCAAGAAUCUCCUGGUAAAGGGCUCCAUUCAUCAUUCCUUCAAUUAUAUGAAGUCUGCCAGUACCAUGUGAUGAAAAACAGCCCCACACCAUGAUGCUUCCACCUCACUUAACUUCAUUUAUGGACUUUAAUCCGUGGAUUUCAUGAGUUAAUACUGAUAUCUGGUGAAAAUUUCAGGUGAAUAACCUCAUUGGAAAUAUAUUUACUGAAAAAAGGUUGAUGCGUUCAAUACUUAUUUCCUCCACUGUAUACUAAGAUAAACUGUUCCAGUGCUGGCCCAACACCUGAUUAAGUCAGGUUAUAGUGCCUUUUCCUUUCAUUUGUCACACCUCCCUAUUUUACUGAUGUUACGCUGAAAAUGUGGCCCAAAUAGAUUUUUAGAGAAGUUUUCUAAAGUGUGUGAAUUCAGGCUUGAUGGUAAUGGCCAGCACUCAUAUGUUUAGCUCCCAGGUGUCUGACAUUUAGUGAGAACUGAUUGUAAUAUAUGAAUCUGCAUUGCAAGACAUCUAUAGAUUAGUAGGGAGUGACACACUUUGACCUUUAUUCUCUGUGCAAAAACAAGAUUUUCGACUAUUGAACUGGUGGAUGAUCAUAGUCCAAAGGGUAGAAUUAGAAUGGUUGAUGUAAUUUCAUUAAAAAUGCAUGUAUUCAUUUGGCAGACACUUUUAUCCAAAGUGACUUACAGUUGAGCUGAGAAGUGUGUCUGAGUGUGUCCCAUUUCUUCAUUAUGGUUUCAAAAGGAUGCUCGAAAGCAAUCUCAUCCAAAACCCACUGCAAUUUGUAGUACUUCACUACAAGGCCAGAAGUUUGUGGUGCACCCUUGACCAUCACACCCAUAUGUGCUUGUUGAACGUCCUAUUCCAGAUUUUGCUGUUAUAAUGCGCUCAACUCUUCUGGGAAGGAUUUCCACUAGAUUUUGUAAUGUGGCUGUGGGGAUUUGUGUUCAUUCAGCUACAAGAGCAUUAGUGAGGUUGAGAUCAGACACUAAUGUUGGUUGAGGAGGUUCCAGUUCCAGUUCAUCCCAAAGAUGUUCAGUGGCGUUGAGGUCAGAGCUCUGUGCAGGACACUCGAGUUCUUCCACCUUCUUCAAACCUUAACACACUAUGCCCUUCUUCAUGGAGCUCGCUUUGUUCCCAACUGUCUGGCAAUAGUUUGUUGAAGAACCACAUAUGGGUGUGAUGGUCAGGUGUCCACAAAAUGUACUUUAGGCCAUAUAGCGUACAUUCAUAAAGACAGAAUCUUUCAACACUAUCCUUGUUUUCCAGCAUUUCAAAAUGAUCUAAAUAUGUACUAUGUAUCCCUACGUCUCAAGUCUCUUCAUAAAAGUUUAAGAGAUAUGAUUUUGCUAUGUUUUUGGAGGACAUGUACAGAAUAUUGUUUCUAUGAUACUAUUAAAAAAUUCUAACCUCCCCAGUUGUCUCUAAUAAAUGCCUGUAGACUGGAUCCAGUGUGUUUAAUAUGUAUAGUAGUCAUGUUAUACACAACAAUCUCUUUUCAUUUAAUCAUAUCAGAAUAUCUAUCCCUUCAGACUGACACGAUGUGUAUAGAAAACAGCAUGUAGCCUAAGAGGUGUGUUUGUGGUUAAUAGCUAGUUUAUGAGGCUCUGGAAUGCUUCUCUCUCUUUGGUCACAAUUUCAACAAUUUUUUAUUAUUUUAAUCUGCACCAUGAAUAUAUUCAAGAAAUAUAUAUUUUUUAAUUAGUUGCUUAUGUAUCUUUUUACAACAAUAUCUAACAUUACUCAAGCUUGCAAACAGUGGCAGCAAACUACAUGAAACAUCCCUGUCUGACUUGACUGUCUUUUCAUCUCCUCCCCUGACUGUAUCUGGAUACUCUUACUCACAAGCCACUGAUAACAUGAAAGUCUUCACAUCACAUAUUCCCAAUAUAACAGUGGAUUUCCUAAGACAUAGAUAGAUAAAUGCCAUCGAUGGAUGGAAUGCUAGUUACAUACACUCUAAUAGGAAUCCACUUUAAUACGAACACCUGCUCAUUUAUGCAGUUAUCCAAUCAGCCAAUCACGUGGCUGUAGAACAAUGCAUAAAAUCAUG